UUUCCGGUUGAUGUGGUGCUCAGCUGUCUGUCUGCUGUCUGUCUGUCUGUCAGUGAACGGAUCCGGAGUCAGAUGGCUAAAGUGGAGCUGACCCCUCUCAGACUGUGGGAUGACUUCUUCCCGGGUCCGGACAGGUUCUCUAAACCGGAUGGUAAAGAUCUGGCCAAGUGGAACAACAGAGUUAUCAGCAACCUGCUCUACUACCAGACUAACUACCUGGCUCUAGCCGUCGCUGUUUUCCUCGUUGUCGGGUUCCUGAACCCUCUGGGGAUGUUCACAGCCAUGGCCGUGGUGUCGGCCGUCUUCCUGGGUUCAGUCUGGGCCGGAGAGAACAGAGCUGUCAUCAGCAACUUUAAGAGGCAAAACCCCACAGCGUUCGUCAUCGCUGUCAUGGUCGCCAGCUACCUCUUAAUCUCUAUGCUGGGGAGCGUCAUGGUGUUUAUGACUGCAAUCACUUUACCUCUGGCUUUGAUAUUCGCACAUGCUUCCUUUCGCCUACGCAACAUGAAGAACAAACUGGAGAACAAGAUAGAAGGAGCCGGACUGAAGAGGUCGCCCAUGGGCAUUUUGCUGGAGGCUCUGGGCCAGCAAGAGGAGAACUUUCAAAAGAUCCAGAGCUUUCUGGAGGGGAAACUGAAGGAGUGAUUAGACUUUAUGCACACUUUUGGCCAAAGAUCAUGACUUUUUUUUUUUUUCUUGGAUUAUGUUUUUAGUGUUUGUCUCAGUCUAAACCUCUUAAAGUUUGUGUCAUAUACAAGUGUGUUCUCACGUGUGUGUGUUUUGAAAAGAAAGCUUGUAAUCUGAAGGGCUUCGUCUUUAUCUCAGGGUGACUGUCACUCCACUCAGAACUUGUCAGGGCACUUUUCUUGAACUAUGCAAAGCUGCAGACUCCUUCUUCCUCGGUAUGAAAUCUGUGUUUGAUCAGUCUCAGAAGCAGUCUGCCAGGUUACGCUCAGCUAAAAUUGUGAAAGCGAUGCAAGUGUUGCUUUGUAACAAAGAAUAAAAAGUGCAAACUCGACAUGCGUCGCUGCCAAGGUAUUUUGAAGGCUGGACUGUUGAAGUUUU